AUGACUUCUGUUCCUGCAAAUGUGACUACUGCAGAGGGACUCGGUCUGUUUGCCCCACUGGGAGAAGGGAUGCUCUGGCCAAAGAAUGUCUCUCAGAGCAAUGUUAGCUCCCCUAUGCAGCACAAGUUCGUACAACCCCCUUGGCGAAUCGCCCUCUGGUCUCUAGCAUAUGGAUCCAUGGUGGCAGUUGCUGUUUUCGGUAAUAUUAUAGUCAUUUGGAUCAUAUUGGCUCACAAAAGAAUGAGAACAGUCACCAACUAUUUCCUGGUUAGUUUGGCUUUCUCAGAUGCUUCCAUGGCUGCAUUUAACACUCUGGUAAAUUUUAUAUAUGCUCUUCAUAAUGAGUGGUACUUCGGGGAUGCUUACUGCAAGUUUCACAACUUCUUUCCCAUCACAGCUAUAUUUGCCAGCAUCUACUCUAUGUCUGCUAUAGCUGUGGACAGGUAUAUGGCUAUUAUCGAUCCUCUGAAACCACGACUAUCUUCUACAUCAACCAAGGUGGUCAUUGGAAGUAUCUGGAUAUUUGCAUUCCUGCUUGCGUUUCCUCAAUGCCUCUAUUCUAAAACCAAAGUACUGCCUAGUAGGACACUUUGCAUGUUGGUAUGGCCAGGAAAGGAUAACAAGCUCACGUAUCAAAUUAUUGUAGUUUUGUUGGUAUAUUUCAUCCCCUUACUUGUCAUGGGCAUCACAUAUACAAUUGUUGGAAUAACACUGUGGGGAGGAGAGAUCCCUGGAGAUACAUCAGAUAAAUAUCAUGAACAGCUAAGAGCCAAAAGAAAGGUGGUGAAAAUGAUGAUCGUGGUUGUAGUUACAUUUGCAAUUUGCUGGCUUCCCUAUCAUAUCUUUUUCAUACUUACAGCCCUUGACAUAAAAGUGGAGCGAUGGAAAUACAUUCAGCAAAUCUACUUGGCUAUCUUUUGGCUGGCAAUGAGUUCAACCAUGUACAAUCCAAUCAUUUAUUGUUGUUUAAAUAAAAGAUUUCGAGCUGGUUUCAAAAGAGCUUUCAGAUGGUGUCCGUUUAUUGAGGUAUCCAGUUAUGAUGAACUUGAACUCAAGUCUACCAGGUUCCACCCUACCAGGCAGAGCAGUCUGUACACAGUAUCCAGAAUGGAAUCAAGUAUGACAGUUGUAUUUGAUCCAAACGAUGGAGAAAAUCCCAAGUCUUCUUAUAACCACAAGAAAAGACAAACAUCUAGCGAGUCCACAUUCAAUGGCUGCUCACGUCGGAAUUCCAAAGCCGCCUCUACCAAUUCAAGUUUUAUUAGCUCUCCCUAUACUUCUGCAGAUGAUUAUUCAUAA